GAGAGUGAAGUGAGAGAGAGGAUUUGCCAGGAGUGUAGAAGCUGGAGCACCCCUGGGGACUGAAAAUAAUCUUUCUCAGACUCACCUGGAAGACUCCAAACACUGCACACAAAUCGGAGGAAGAAGGGGGAAUAAAGGAUUACGGCUCGGAAACACUUUUAGACAAGUUCCAGCACCGCAAAACAGGUCAAGCCUGUAAACCAAGCUAUCAAGGCAGUGAGUGUUUGCUGAUAUGACAUCUAGAGGGAAAAGUCGGAAAUACCACUCCCUCCAUGAUGACUUUGAGGACGCCAAUGGGACCAAAGUGGAAUCUGGACCUGAACCAGAAUCAGAGGACCUGGACUGGGACUGCUACAGCACCACACUGGAGCACAGAUUAGCAGCUGAACAAGAGAACGUCCAGGCAUCCGAGCAGCGCUGUGCCGAGCUGGAGAAAGCUCGCCGGGAGCUGGAGCGGCAGCUGUCGGGCCUUUCGGAUCGCUUGGAGGAGGAGGAGGUCUGCUCAGCUCAGCUUGUCCUCCACAGGGACAGGCUGGAAGCUGAGUGUGGCAGCCUCAGAAGAGACCUGGACGAUCUUGAAAGCGCCCUGACUGUGGCCGAACAAGACAAACAGCUGUCAGACAGUGAGGUGAGGAGGCUGACGGAGCAGCUUCUGCAAAGGGACGAAGCCCUGCAGAAGCUCCAGAGGGAGAAAGACCAUUUGGUGGAGCUCAGCCAGCAAGCUAUUGAGGAUCUCCAGAUGGAGGAAGACAAAGUGAACCUGCUGACCAAAGAGAAAACCAAACUGCAGUUGAAAGCUGAAGAUCUGGAGUACCAGCUGGAGAGGCUGCAGCAUGGUGACCCUGAGAAGGCCAGGAGGAGGCAGGAGGCUGACAGCAGAGAGGUUGAGAAGAUGACAAGUGGUUUGGAAGAUCUUAUCAAGAGGUCAGUCUAA